AUGGAGAAUAUUCAAGAGGAAAUAAUCGCACAGCAAGUAUGCAAAUCAGCCACAUUAGAAGGCACAGAUGGAAAAUAUCAAGUGAUAAAUUACAUUUACAGCUUAUUCAGCAAACUAAGCUCAAAAGACACUCUUUACAAGCUUGCAGUUCUACUUGUUAUUAUCUCUUUUAUUGUGAUAACGGGUGUUUUGUGUGCAAAAAUAUAUUCACUCUACAAAAAGUUCAUAAACCCUGUGGAAAUCACUUAUAGUUUCAAGAGAUAUACUUACUAUGCCAAGGGGUCCGAUAUAACACCAAAUGAAAUUCCCGAUAAAGAACAGAUACCAGAAAAAAAAGCAUCACAUGAACAAGUACGAUAG